UGAUGGUCCUGAUAGUUAGACAUUUCAAGCCAGAUGUUCACAGCAUUGGUACAGUCAGAAAGGACUGCAGAAAGUAGGCUGCUUUAAUAGAAUACUCAACAAGAGGCCUAUACUGUAUACAGGAAAAUGGUGCAGAAGUCUACUGUUGUGGGUCUUCUCUUGCUGGUGCUGGCUGCAGUUGGCACGUUUGUGGCUGUUUUCUUUGGGGUGCGGGGCAAGACAUCCACAUUUAAACCAGAACCUGGUUACUUUAAGGCGGCGGUGGCUGCGGAUGCUGGGCCAUGCUCAGAAAUUGGCAGGGACAUUCUAAAGAGAGGUGGUUCUGCUGUAGAUUCUGCCAUCGCUGGUCUGCUGUGCGUGGGUUUGAUGAAUGCCCACAGCAUGGGCAUCGGAGGAGGGCUGUUUCUCACUAUUUAUGAUGCCAAAACAGGAAAAGUCGAAACCAUUGAUGCACGUGAGACGGCCCCAGCAAAAGCAACCAGAGACAUGUUUGGAAAUAGUACGGACCUGUCCCAGAAAGGUGGUUUGGCCAUCGCUGUUCCCGGGGAGAUACGGGGGUAUGAGGUGGCUCAUAAACGGCACGGCAAGCUGCUAUGGAAAGAGCUGUUUUUACCAAGUAUAAAACUGGCCCGGAAUGGCUUUCCUGUGGGCAGCGCUUUAGCCAGUGCAAUAAGAACAAACAGAGGAACCAUUACGAAUGACAAGGCGUUAUGUUCUGUAUUCUGUGAUUCCACUGGCAACAUCUUGCAAGAAAACGACACCAUCACUUUUACAAAACUGGCCGAUACUUAUGAGCUCAUAGCAGAGAAUGGGCCUGAAGCGUUCUACAGCGGACCGAUCGCUGAGAACCUCGUGAAGGACAUCAAAGCUGCAGAUGGGAUAAUAACUCUGGAGGAUCUACGAGAUUACAAGCCAGUGCUGGAUGAAACCCCCCCGACCUCUACUGUGGGUGAAUUCACAAUGGUGGCUCCCAAUGCACCAGCCAGUGGCCCAGUCCUCACGUUAAUACUCAACAUCCUAAGCGGUUUCAACUUCAGCCCAGACAGUGUCUCCACCACUGAAAAGAAAAUCCUCACCUAUCAUCGCAUAGUAGAGGCGUUCCGAUUUGCAUACGCCAAGAGGUCCGUUUUGGGGGAUCCAAGAUUUGUCAACAUCUCCGAUUUCAUCCAGAACAUCACCUCAAAGGACUACGCUGACAUGAUCCGCCACAAGAUAACAGAUAAUACGACUCAGCAAGAGAGCUACUACGAACCUGAGUUCUUCCUCCCGGAAAAUCACGGCACAUCACAUUUGUCAGUGGUGGCAGAGGAUGGUAGCGCGGUCGCUGCCACCAGCACCAUUAACCUAUAUUUUGGCUCCAAGUUCAUGUCAAAUUCAACAGGAAUUCUACUAAAUAAUGAGAUGGAUGAUUUCAGUUCGCCUUUGAUCACAAACAACUUUGGAGUUCCACCUUCUCCGAACAACUUUAUUGUACCAUAUAAAAGGCCCAUGUCUUCCAUGUGUCCUGCCAUCCUGCUGGACAAAAACAAAAAAGUUAAAAUGGUGGUUGGUGCGUCUGGUGGAACGAAGAUCACCACAGCAGUCGCACAGGUCAUCUUAAAUGCACUGUUCUUUGAAUAUGACCUGAAGAAGGCAGUAGUGGAUCCAAGAAUUCACAAUCAGCUCAGUCCAAACAUAACAGAGGGAGAGCCUGACUUUGACAGGGCCGUUUUGGAGGGUCUUGCCCAGAAGAACCAUGUUACAGAGGUAUUAAAGUCUACUGGUGCUGUGGUUCAGGCCGUGGUGCAGUACAAUGCUGGACUCAGCGCUGAGUCAGACCCUCGUAAGGGAGGCUAUGCAGCUGGCUACUGAUGUCUGACUCAGCGAUCCAAGUUUCCAUCCCAGCUGCAGGCAGUAGAGAUGCUAUAUUGAGACACCUAAGGACACUUCCCCUAAUGCUGCUCUAAAACAACCAAGUGCCUCUGUCAGAGAAUCGACAGGUGAAUCAGACCUGGCCAACAAAAUAUAUGUCUAUGAAUCCUUAUUUUUUACCUGAGGUUAAUAUUUGCACACUCCGCAUUCAGUGAAUAAGGAAUAAAACACUUUCAAACACUGGGUGAUAAAUAUGCAUAAAUUAUAUUAUUUAAAUGCAAAAAACGAAACAAAAACAUACAGUAUUCUUUAAAGUAAAGCGUGUCUUUUUUUAUGUUGAAAAUUUUCUCCUAUCCUAUCCCAAUUUUAUAAGCUUAGUAAGCCAUUCGAAGGUUGAUUUCCCAAAAUGUGUAAACACUGUGGCCCUGUGUCGCUAUGAAUACAUUGCUUUGUUUGUUUGAGCGUCAUUGACACAGUAACUCUGGCUCAACCAAUAGUAUGAGUUUGGGGCGGGACAAUCUGUGCGACCAAUUACACUUGGUACACAUCUUUGUCUUGUUUUCCUGUAAAAAAAUAUCUAGACAUCUUUAAAACGAGAUCAUUUACCUGAUAAACAAAAAUGCAUGUAUUAGAAUGUCUUGUCUUUUGUUUUUAAAAAUAUAAAAAUUAUGUUCAAGAUGUAUUCUUUGAAAACAAUCCUUAAAGGGAUAGUUCACCCAAAAAUGAAAAUUCUCUCAUCAUUUACUCACCUUCACGUCAUCCCAGAUGUGUAUGACUUUCUUUCUUCAGCAAAACACAAACAAAGAAUUUUCAGCUCUGGAGGUCCAUAUAAUGCAAGUGAAUUGUGACCAAAACUUUGAAGCUCCAAAAAACACAUAAAGGCAGCAUAAAAGUAAUCUAUAAGACUUCAGUGGUUUAAUCCAUGUCUUCUGAAGCGAUCCAGUCGAUUUUGUUUGAAAAGAGACCAAACUGUAACUACAUUUUUACUGUACAUCUUGCCCUUGCAGUUUAGGCAUGAUGAUGAUUUCAAGCUCGAUUACACUCCCUAGUGCUUGACGCAUGCGCAGAGUGCUAGGAAGUAGGAAUUUUAUUUGUGUGUGUUGUUUCUCUUUUGACUGCUGAUUAAACUAAUUUAUUGUGAUUUUAUUUUACAUCUGUACUGAUAAUUACAAACCAAGGAUGUAUAAAUAUUAAUAUUGCUAAAUAUGCUACUGUGUAAUUGUAUUUAUUAAAUAAAUGUGUUUGGCAUUUGAA